CACCGUUUAACGUAACAUAAGUGCAUUUCAUUAUUUUUAUUUUUUGUGUGUUUCCAAGAGUAUAAUAAAAGUGUGUGCCUCUGUGCCUUAUAUUUAUUUAUUAUCCGAUCUGUGUGGAACCUGAUUGUAGCCUUAUUUAUAUCCGUAAAAUGUACAAAACCUACAAAUUGGUGGUUGUCGGUGGGGGUGGUGUGGGAAAGAGUGCUGUAACAAUCCAAUUCAUUCAGAGCUACUUCGUCAUAGACUAUGAUCCAACCAUCGAAGAUUCCUACACAAAACAAUGUGUUAUCGACGACAUACCAGCCAAAUUAGACAUUUUAGACACCGCUGGCCAAGAGGAAUUCAGUGCGAUGAGAGAGCAGUACAUGCGAUCGGGUGAAGGUUUUCUUCUCGUUUUCUCGUUGACCGAUCAUGCGAGCUUUGCCGAAAUAACGAAAUUUCAGAAACAAAUCCUUCGUGUUAAGGAUCGCGAUGAGUUUCCGAUGCUUUUAGUGGGAAAUAAAUCUGAUUUGGAACAUCAAAGACACGUUUCGUUGGAAGAGGCUCAACAAUUUAGUUGUUCCGUUGGUAUGCCAUACAUUGAAUGUAGUGCUAAGCUUCGCAUAAAUGUCGAUCAGGCGUUUCAUGAAUUGGUGAGAAUUGUGCGCAAAUUCCAAUUGGCUGAAAGACCGUACAUAGAAGAAAGUUAUAAGCGAAAAAAUAAGAAACGUUGCUGUAUCCUGUAGGGACCGCGUCGGUACAUUUUGCAACAUUCAAUUUUUUUUCCGUUUUUUUGUAAUUUUGAAAUAAUUUAAUUUUUCGUCUAAUUUCUACUUUUCUGUUUCUAAACAUAACUGACGAACGGUUGACACAAUAUUUUGUGAGUCAUCUGGAGAUUUUAACAAUAUUUCCUACGAAUUUUGCAUUUUCCAAUUUUGUUUAUUUUAAAUGAAUUAAAUACGCUGAUCCGAUGAGAAAAAUAUUAAAUUGAGUGUCAUAGACAUCGGGUGAGCCGCUUGUGAUCAGUGUAGGUGGUCAGUUAAACAUUAAAAUCGUGCGCACAGUUUUUGUAGAAUAUCCAAGUGAAAGUUAAACACAGUCUUCCAGUGGUGUUUUGUUGUGGGAUCUAUAAAUGUCUGACGGAAAGAACAGUUUGUCAUUCAUUUCCAGUAAGCGUUGCAUUCGGAACAAUGCCUUUCAUUCCUUACAAAGCGGCUUAGUCCAGUUCGAAAUUCAACUAGCUGUUAGAUAACUCUUAUAUAGAUAUAGUACCUUCAAUGAAGUGUCGGCAUGGCUCGAAAGAACCCUUCGCGAGAUGUAUGCAACUCAUUUGUAAAAUGUCCAAAAUUUAAAAAAAUUUCAUACAAAAAUCCAAAAGGCUCUUCGGGAAUCCAUACAAACUCUUUGGAAAUUGGACUUAUAAUUUUUAAGGCUCUACCGUCGAUCUAUAAAAUAAAUCGCAGUCACAAACGCACAAAUGUUAAAGGACUGAAGAGCCGAGAGUUCGGUCCGACGAACAAUGUUCCAGUAGCACAAGUACGUUCAGGUUUUAGAUUUUAGUGAGCCCAUUGCGACCUACAUUCAAGUUACAGCCAGAGCCUCUGGCCCAGAGGCAAUGAUAUCUCAGGGUGAAUUUACUUCAGCUUUUUCAGCUGGUCCACACGUACAAAGGAGACACGUAUGAGUGGACCAGCUGAAGCAAAUUCACACUAAAAUACCACUACUUCUAACUGUAGUUGGAGUAAACUUCAUUUUUAUCAGCCUCCAGCUGUGUUCCUCUGGAAACACGAUCAGUUACUGAAAUACUGACUACAACAAAGCUAUGAGGAGAUUUAAUUGUAUCGUUAUUGUCAUCACCACUUUAGUUUUGAUAAUUUUGUCAUCGAUACUUUAUAAUAUCUAGUUGGACUAGACCAGUUAGAGAGUGACAAAGUUUUGCAUUUUCUUAAAAAAAAUUUUUUUUUUUAUUUUUACGGGUCCUAAUGUUGCUUAGCACAAUUUUUGUUUUUAAAUUUGAAUUACAAUCAUAAAACCGC